UCCCAUGCCUUGCUCUGCCUCCCAUUCUCUCCCUUCACCUCUCACCACACUGCCAUUCAGGUGGGUGUGACAACAACAGGAAAAGAGGCAACAGAGAGCGAAGUGAGGCGAGUGGUAGCAAUCAAUGGUGCCACACUCACCCUAGACUCAGCACUCAAAUUCCAGCACCUUGGGGAGAUACACACGCUGUCAGACGGCACUUCCAUCACACUGGCUGGGGAGGUCGGUCUCCUGAGCCAGAACAUUGCGGUGGAAGGAAUCACGGAGAACAGCAACGGGGGAAGAAUUCUGGUCUCCACAGUCUUCCAGAAUGGCAAGCAUUAUGUUGGUGAGUCUGGAAGAUAAGCUGACUGGUGAAGCUUUGGUUCGGCCCAAGUGGAUGGCGUGGAGUUCCGUAACAUGGGGCAGGAAGGCUUCACCGACAUCACUGACCCACGCUACUCCAUUGCCUUCCUGGGCCUUGAUGCCAUUGGUGACCAUUCUAGCUACGUCAAGAGGCAUAAGAGACGAGACAGGCUCCAACACCUACAGGUGGAACCUCAUCACAACUGUGUUCUUCCUGGGGACAUAUGAAGACAGACAGGAAACAGAGAACUUGAAUUGGAGUGGUGCCUUUCAGCUGGACAAUGCACCCAACACUGUACUGACUGGCAAUGUUGUUGCUGGUGCAGAACAGGCUGGCUACAAGACCCUUGGAGAGCUGUGCGAGGACACAACUUGGUGGAUGGGGAAUGAAGUGCACAAUGCAAUUUAUGGAGUCAUGCUAUGGAAGAAGGGAGGCACGGGGCCACUGACAGACUGCUGCAGACUCAACAACUUCUACACCUGGAGAAUCUCAGACACAGGCUUCUAUGUCCAGCACUAUGCCAGCUCCCUCAUCACUAAUGUUGUCUCUGUGGACAGUCCCCUGGGAGCAAUGCAGAUCAUCUAUGAGCCAGAUUCACUGAGUCACAAGUUCCACCCCAAGACAGCCAAUGCCAGUCACUCCCUGUUUGUGGGUGUCUCCCCAUCACACACUUGUGAAUACCAGGCAUCCAAGUCCCGGAUAAUGAAGUUCUAUGGAGAUAAAUUUUUUGGCGGAGGCGUCGGCGGAGGAAACACUGGCAUCCUCUUAGCAUCAUUCACCUCUGGAUCUAAUAUGGCACCUCUCAUGACCUUCAGUAACGCUGGCACUUACCCAGCACUCUACGGCUCCACACACUUUGAGGGUCUCACGUUCCACAACUUCCGUGACACCGACUGCGGGCGAGGCAUUGCUCUCAUGGUGAACCCUCAGUCAGAGGACGCCAACCACCCCGCGUUUGUCAAGGGUCUCUUGUUCCUCAACACACCACAGGAGAACUACAUGUACAUUCCUAGGCCCAACUUGAGCAGCAUUGAUCCGUCAGAGUGUGUGGAUACGGACUGUGAUGGACUAAAGAAGGUGGUGGUGACGGAUGUUGAUGGAUCUCUGCUGGGUGAAAAGGAUGCCACAGUAAUCUCUCAGGCUGACUGGGAGUGGGACGGAGAUCCUCGGAGAGGCAUUGGAGAUUACCGCAUUCCUCUUCCAAUCAGACAGAAUCCUGACGGAUGCCAGAUUGAGGCAGCUGACAAGUUUCCGAAUAAAGGCAUUGUCCGUGAUGCUUCCUGUGCUGUGGUUCCAUCGUGGCAGGCAUGGAAGUGCUUCUCGCUGCGUUGCCGCCUCAUGAUCAUUGAGAGCAUAGACACAGACACAGAGGUGCGGCGCCUCUCCCUCAUCGCCCUCAUUGCCAACCCUGGUGAGCAAUACAAGUCACCUUCUCCUCUUGUCCCCAUAAAUCUGUCGAUGUGCCAGACUUUUAUCUUGUUCCUUUAAAUCUAUUUACCAGAUUGUCAAUUCCACUUGGGAUUUUUUGUAAGUGUCAUUAAUGCCGCCUCCUCCUCCUCCUCCUCCUCUCCAGGCCCCAGUGGGUACGUGGACCUCCUCCUCCUCUUCCUCCUAUACACGCCAUGGUUCAGACAUAUUUUUGUACAUGCGUUUAUCUUAUAUUAUUUUAUUUUACUUUAUUUUUUUGUUUAAUUUCUAUCCAGGCUCGUGUACUCGAUGCCUCAGCUCACGAGGCUCACAUUCACGCGCACGAGGCGGAGUGAGGUAGAGGUUCAUGAAGCUUCGAGUCAUUUUGUACUGGAAUGCACCGUUAGUUUCAGUUAUGAGUCAUUAUUGCAGUAAUAUUGCACGUAGCUUCCUUCAUCUGAAUAUAUGCACAGUUUCUUCUCAUUCCUGUGGUGUUUUCAGAAUCGUUAUAUUCAUUCUUUCUUUCACUAAUUCUUUCAUUCAUUUGUUCUUUUUAUAUAUUUUUUUUUCAAUAUUCUGUACGUUCAUAUAUUAUUUCAUUCUUUCUUUUGCUCGUUCGUUCGUUCAUUCAUUCAUUUAUUUAUUAUUUCGUUUGUUCAUUCACUGAUUCAUUCGUUGGCUUUCUUUUCAUUAUUUCUUACGUUCGUUCACUAUUUCAUUCUUUCGUUCGUUCGUUCAUGCAUUUAUUCUUUCAUUCAUUCACUGUGGCACAUUAAAAUCAGUAGAUCCU